AAACGCGAUGUUUUCCUCACGCGAGAAUCGGUGUCAUCGCUUUCAGGCCAACAUCUUUAAUAAAAGUAAAUGUCAAAACUGCUUUAAAACCGUGGAUUCACACAAACGCAGCGAAGCAGAUCUGUAUCAGACUAAGCCUGUUCAUGUGGGGUGGCUCCUCUUGGCCCCAGAGGACACUGACUUCAGCAGUUCUGGCCACAGGAAACAGAAAUGGCAGAGGAGAUAUUUUGUGCUUUACGAGCAUGGGCUUCUAUGCUACUCUCUGGAUGAGAUGCCAGGUACAUUGCCUCAAGGAAGUGUGAAUAUGAUCCAGUGUUGUGAGAUUCUUGACGCUUCAUCUCAAACUGGCUUCCAGAACUGUCUGAGGUUGUGUUUCACUGACACAGACUACUACAUCCGAACAGAGAACACAGACAGCUUGAGCAUUAGUAGGUAAUACACUCACUGACCUGUAGUGUGAACUUAGCCGCACAUAACAGUUACUUUGUCAUUAGUUAAUUUUGAUCCCACUUGAUAUAUACAUCCAUUAACAUUUAUGGUAUG